UUCAUUUAAAGACAGUUCCCAUUUCCCAUAUUCACACAGAUGAUGAGGAUGGAGGGAGCCGGCCCAUCUCCCAGCCUCAACGGGGGCACGGGCUACUAUGCCAAGGAGGCCGGGGCCAUGGCGCUGGACGGGAUCCGCAUGCCGGACGGCUGCUACGCCGACGGGACGUGGGAGCUGAGCGUCCAUGUCACCGACCUGGGCCGCGACGUCACCCUGAGGGUCACCGGCGAGAUCCACAUCGGCGGAGUCAUGCUGCGCCUCGUCGAGAAGCUCGAUGUCAAGAAGGACUGGUCAGAUCACGCUCUGUGGUGGGAAAAGAAGAAAACUUGGCUCCUGAAAACCCACUGGACGUUGGAUAAAUAUGGGAUCCAGGCAGAUGCCAAGCUCCAGUUCACCCCUCAGCACAAGCUGCUGCGCCUGCAGCUGCCCAACAUGAAGUAUGUCAAGGUGAAGGUCAACUUCUCUGACAGGGUCUUCAAGGCUGUUUCUGACAUCUGCAAAACCUUCAACAUCAGGCAUCCAGAAGAACUCUCCCUUUUGAGGAAACCCAGAGACCCAUCAAAGAAAAAAAAGAAGAAGUUGGACGAUCAAUGUGAAGACGACACCUUCGAGCUGGAGGGGCCGCUGAUCACGCCGGGGUCGGGUGAGCUGGGGAAAAAAUGGGAAUGGGGGAAAAACUGGGGCUGAUUGAAUUUCUGAAGGUCUGUGCAAGAAACAGACCCCAGAUCCAUGGCACAAGUCCUGGCAGGCUGCAGCACUGGGUUGCACGGAUGCAUGUCUGGAGCUGGAGCUGUCACGCAUUCCCUGGAGCAGAGCAACCCCACAGAACCAACCAGAGCCCAAGUGUGGCCACUUGAACACUCAGAUCCUGUUGCUGAGAGCUUUUCUUACCCUGUUAAGAAAGGAGUGAAAUGGAAAAUCAUUCCUAGUGUCACAUUCCUGGCAUGGUUUAGGCUGUGCCACUGUCGACUCCCUGUUUACAGCCCAGCCAGGGCAGUGUUUCAUUCAUUGCUUUAGUGUUGCCUUACCUGAAUGGUGUAGCUGUGGAUUGUGAUGCUAAAUAAAUCCUUUUAUUGCUGGGGGCUGGUUGGCCAGUCUGGAUCCCAGAGCCAGAGCAGGAUUGGGAAGGGAAUUUCUGGUGGAGUAACAUCCCUGAUGGAGUUACCACAGGCAGCAAAUUGAUGCAGGUGUUUGCAGGCAGAGGGGUUUUUCAGCUUCUUUCCAUGGCUGCUGGAAGUCUGGUGUCUGAAGGCAAAUGGCAGGAGUUUAAACCAUAAUUUUGGCCAAGUGGGAGCACUUUAUCCCAAAUGGAUUUGUGGAGAAAGCAGCAGUGGUGAGCAGGAGAGACGUGUCUGGCUGCCAGAGCUCUUGGGUUUAAAUCCAGCAAUCCGAGGGCAGCAGGGCAGCUUUAAUUUAAAAAAACACCUUGGAAUUGUAAAGUUGUAUUAAUUGAUGUUAAAUCAGCUGCAGGGAAGGUCGUGGAGUGUGGUUAAUGCCAGUGGUGGCACAGGGCUUGCAGAAAGGAAGGUUUUGGCUGCACAGGGUGACGUGCACACGGGUCUGGAACAAGGAAAAAUAAUCCUCCUUUUGCUCUGAUCCCACUCUUUCUCCUCUCAGCUACUUAAAAAUACUUCUGAGCUUGUCCUCUUCCACUCCUGGCUCAGAGAAGUUGGGCAAGGCUCCAGUCAAUUUUCAUUUCCAUUUGGCAUUUUCAUCUUGAAAGUCCAUUCUAAGCCUUUCCAACAGCCAGUGUUCACAGAGAGCAUCUCUGUUAGAUUAAUAGCAAAGACUUGGCCACCUUUGAGGGAAAUGUAUGCAAAAGCUGGGGUUUAUUUUAAUUAUUUAUGGCUCUUCCAGUGAGUCACUUGGCUGCUUUUGCUCUCCUUGUGAAUGAAAUCACUCACAGCAGGUUGAAUUCCUGCCUGUUCAGGUGCCACUCGAUAAAAGUCCUGGGUUUCAUCUGAAUAAAUCAUUUCUAGUGUUGUUCCAACAUCAGUUUGUGUGCUGAAAGCUUCUGGAAAACUAAUUAAUAAUUCAGGAGGUGCUGAUCUCAGUGUCUUGGGAGUGUUUUGCACUGAGCACCCCAAACCUGGAAAUGAAACCAUUUAAAUCCCAGUGGGCAGGGUUGUUAAUACACCCACAGGAUGUGUUGCCCAACACUUUCCAUUAGAAGACCUGUAGUCACUUGUUUAUAUAAAUUAGCCAAAUUUGUAGCUAUUUCUGCUGGAACUUUCCAUGACACUGCCUGCCUGGGGCAAUUUUUUUAAGGGAAGCUUCUUUUGAGAUGUUUCAGGUGUUUGGAGAAAGAGAUGAAGAGAGCAGUGCUCUGCUCUGAUGGAGCAGACACUCAAUCAAGGAAUGUGGGGGAUAUUCAUGGAAAAACUUGCCCAAAAUUUGGGGCAAAAAGUGGGAUUUUCCUUUGCUGGCCCAGUUGAUGCUGAGCCCUGUGUGCUGGAGCCAUGUGAAGGCUGAAGCUGCAGUGCAAGUGGAUGGGGGAAGAGGGAAGAGUUUUUUUGGGAAGUGGUUUAUGGAUGGUGAUGAGGGUUUAGGGCUGGUUUUUGUUGGAGUUCUCUGCUCCAGUGCUGUAGCAAUCCAUGGGGAGAGCACUUUUCUCCUGCUUUUAUAAUCACAGGAAUAGCUCAAAUAGGAAGGGAUCCUAGGGAUCAUGGAGUCUCAGCUCCCAGAGUGCAAGUCUGAAAACCUGAAAUCAUCCCUGACCUUUUCCUUGCAAAUGAAGGUGGAUUUUUCCAUCCCUUGACCAUCCCUGCUGCUUUUUUGCUCAUGCCUGGUUUGUUGGAGCUGUCUUGGUGACAGGC